CUACCGAUCUCAUCCCUUUCGUCUCCGUACCACACCUCCUCAAGGUUAACUACCCACCUCUUUCCUCGGUGGCCUCUCCUCUUCCGAUCGAGAGAUACACCCCGCCUGCGUUGUGCCCACGAUCUUCAAUACCUGACAGACAUGAAGCUCACGUUGCCUUUUGUAGCCUUGGCGGUGCUCAUUGUCCAGGCACUGGUCGUGGAGUCGGCGCCUGGCCCAGUGGUAGUCACAUUGACCAAAACUGUGACCCAUCACAGGCACCACGUGAAGACUGCCACACCCAACUUGCGACCUAAGGCGAAGACUGUGACAAAGACCAAGACCAAGACAAAGACAAAGACCAAGACAAAGACAAAGACGGUGGCCAGGCGCACAAAGACCAUCAAGCAUUGCACCGCAACUAGGACUAAGCAUGUUGCAAAGACGACGACAGUCACUGCUCAACCUGAAGCCACCUCCGCCACUGGUGAUGACGGCGACUCCGUCGACGAUGGCGAUGACUCGACCGGUGAUGACUCGACCGGUGAUGACUCGACCGGUGAUGACUCGACCGGUGAUGACGAUGGUGACUCUGGUGAUGACGGUGAUGAUUCUUCCGAUGACAAUGGCGACUCUACCGAUGACGGUGAUGAUUCUUCCGAUGACAAUGGCGACUCUACCGAUGACGGUGAUGAUUCUUCCGAUGACAAUGGCGACUCUACCGAUGACAAUGGUGACUCUACCGACGACAAUGGAGACUCUACCGACGACAAUGGUGACUCCGACGACGAUGGUGACUCUACCGUCACAACGGAUGGGCAGAACGGCGGUCAGCUUGUCACUGACGGCGAAGCCGGGCCGGCCAUUUAGCAGAUUUGUAUUUCCGUUCCAUCAAAGUCACCUUGUAAUUAAUGCCCAGACAUAGAUUCAUUCUCAUA